AUGAAAAUCAAUACAUUCAAUCAAGUUCAUGAUGUUGAUGAACAAUUAAAUUUACCAUGGUGGUUAAUUGGUAAAAUAUUUCAAGAAGCUUGGAGAGGAGUUGAUUUGUGUAUGUGUAUCACGUCAAUCUCUGAAUCAGACAGUCAAAAUCAAUUGGUUCAAAGGAUUCGAAACAAUCAUUCCAAUCAGAGUCAUGUUCAAUCUCUGUACUCUAAGCUGCAACUAGUCGAUCGUUGGAGACGAUUCAAUGCAUCGUGUCCAAUGCAUAGUAUCUAUACAGAGUUGUUUAUGCAGAGGGAUAUUCAAUACGACCCAACACACCACACUCGCAUGAAAAUCAACCCGUUUUCAAGUCCCGACGGAUCAAACUAUUAUCAUCAAAGUGCAGAUAGGUAUCGUUGGAGACUACAAUUAGCAUUGGUCAGUAAACAAUCAUUUGCAUUUGUCGCCAAUACCUUGUUCCAUCAUAUUAGAGUACCCAAGACUCCAGCAGUCAAUCAAGUGAUUGGUCAUAUUGAAAACCAAUACUCUCCAUUGAAAAAGAUUCGAUCAGUCUCUAUCACAUCAGCAGAUACAUUUGACUCUUUAUUUGGAGGUUUUGGAUCAUUACCACAAUCAACUUUUAAUCCAUUGGAUAAAAUUGAAUCGUUAAUGGUCGAGACUGGUGUCUAUGAUAAUGAUGGAUUUCAAUCACAUAGUCUUGACCAUGUAAAGAAUCUCCCACCUCUUAUGCCGAGAUUGUCAAGUAUAAGGUUAAGAGGAUCUCUCAAAUGCCAGGAAUCUUUCCAUAACCUUGUCAUGCCAUUUGCACAUCAAGUCGUCUCAUUUGACUUGUCCAAUUACAAAUACAAGAAUUAUCAUAGCGAGAUUUAUGAUUUAGCAGUCUCCCUAAACCAUCCCAUUCGAAAAUUACUCUUACCACGUUCAGAUGAUAGUAUUAUCAAUAUUCAAUUACUCGAUAAUCUUCAAUUAAUUGUUAAACAAUCGGUAGUCAAAAUGUCAUAUCAUAUGAUAUCUCAACAACAUCAACAACAAAUAGAUGGUAAAUCAUUUAUAAUGUUACAACAUCUUUAUUUAACUGGAUACAAUAAUUGUAAUAAUAAUAGUAAUAAUUAUAAUGACAACUUGCUACCAUUUGAUAAUAUCAACAAGAUAACUAUAACACAAUCCAACGAUGGAUUAUACCCAGGAAUUAAAAAGAUUACAAGAAAUCAUUCAACUAUUCAAUCAAUUAGAAUUAAACAACAUUAUAAUAAUAAUAAUAAUAAUAAUAAUAAUAAUAAUAAUAAUAAUACAAAUAUUAAUAGUGAUUUUGGAGUAGACAGUGAUGAGAGUGGUUUGGUAAUUUGUGAUUUACCAAAUUUUGAAGAUUUAAAUAAUGGACAAGUGGAAACAAUUGUAUUGGAUUAUAAAAGAGAUGUAACUGAUGCAAUAUUAGAAUUCUUUCAAUUGUAUGGAUAUGAUUACCACGGUUCAAUUUACAAACAACAAUCAACCAUCAAAAAAAUAAUUUUAAAAGUUAAUUAUUUCCAAACAAAUAAUAAUAUUAAUAAUAAUAAUCAUAAUAAUAAUGUUAUUAAUAAUGAUAGACCAAUAUUUCCAACAUAUAUAUUAAAGAUGAUUACAAGAAUGUGUUGGGAAUCAUAUACAGAUCAUAUGUGUAGUUGCAAGGUAGAUGAGAAUAUUGUGUAUCCUCAUGACUAUGGGUUGGACAACCCACUGGUAUUAUGGAAUUAUAGAAAACAAAAACAAGAGUGUUUGGUACAUUCCCAGUAUGACGAUAAUGCAGAGUACAGGAUCUGUGAUUACCCUUUGCCAAAGGAAUACAACAAACGGUUGUCUUUGGGAUUGGUCAAUCGUGCCAUGUUUCAUUAUGUCACCAACCAUUUGUUGAACCAACUCACCAUCAAUCGUCACUCGUCCAGAGGUAGUUUUAACUUGUCACCAUGUCAAUUCACAAUGUCCAAGUACAAUGGAAUCACUCGACUUUGUGAAGACGACAAUGCCUACAAACUAUUCUCACUCCCAACUUCCAUGUUUACCAAUCUCACUAGAUUCCAAGGUGCCCAAUUAUUCAUCAAUAGUCUUGCUCAUCAUUAUCAAGUGAACGAAUCAGAGACCGACUCCUCCUCCUCCGAUUCACCAUUAACACAUGUUUCAUUAUAUUGGGAAAAUGAAUCAGAGAAUUCAACAAUAGAUUGGUCUUGGAUGAAUACUUUUAAAAAUAUUACAUCAAUCGAUUUAUUAAAAGCAAAUUUAAAAGGAUUGGAUGAAUCAUCUAUCAAAUCACAACAAUUACGUAAAUUAAUUGUACCACGUACUUUUAAUAUCAAGAAAUUGCAAGAUAGCGUCAAACGCAAUAUUACUACCAUCACACUCAAGGAUUCCGAAGAUAUUGAUUUAUUCCCUAAUCUAAAGUCGGUCUAUAUCAUUGACUUUAUCACAUCGAUUCGAUUCACACGUGGACGAUUACAAAAGUUGGCAACCUUUUAUAGAGUUCCUCUUCGAUCGAUUCUCAUUGACAAUCCAACCAUUCACACAAUGAAGGUGUAUAUUGGAUAUUUCCCCGAUAUCACCUCAUAUCCAUUUAAAUCGGUCGAUCCCUAUGGUGCUGGUGAAACUCUCAACAAUUUAGACGACGUAAAGACACUCCAAAAAAUCAUUCUCAGUCAUGACCAUUCUUAUAAAAGAUCAGUUCCUUAUACAUUCAAUGCUCCAGACGAUCAAUUUCAAUUCAUUGGUUCAACAAGAGACUUGAAAUAUAUUUAUCAACGAAAGGUUAUUGUUGGUCAACAACAUCAACAACAAUAA